AUGUCUGAACUGUGCUCAUUGCCUUCAUCGAAACAAGAGCAGGGUACGAAAAAAGCACCCCUCGUCCCAUCCAAACGAACCAUACCCCAACCCAAAAACCACCUCAUCUUCGACCCUUGGAACUCCUCCUCCACAGGCCACCAACGGCCUCAAAAUGAUUCAUACUCUAGCACAACCUCAUGGCGUGAGACGAGGAGACGGAAGUUAGCGGGGCAGUUUCUCGCGACCAACCCUAAUCAAGCACAGAAGACUGGCACAGAGGGUGCGAGAGAGGAAUGGAGAUGGAUGUCAGCACAGGAAGCGCGGAGGACAAACUUGGGGGUCGGCGAUAUCAGGCGGUAUAUGGGAGUGGUGAAAUCGAUGAGUUGUCGAGGGAUGAUGGAUGAGAAGCUUGCUCAACACGAGUCAGAAUCGGAGUCUUUAUAUUCGACGACGACGACAAAAGAACCGGUGUUGACGGUUAUGUCUGCUUAUGAACCUACUCCUCCUGCACCUAUUCUCGAAGAUAUCCAGCAGCACAAAGAAGACGCCAACACCAACGCUGAGGAACCAUUACCAGUCCCCGAAAGAACAAAAAGAGGAAUAUUCUCGAACUUAACUUUCUAUAUCAAUGGAUCUACAUACCCGAUUAUAUCAGAGCACAAACUGAAACACCUCCUGGCAGCAGAGGGCGGUUGUAUAUCGCUGCAUUUGGCACGGAGAGCUGUUACGCAUGUUAUUCUGCCUACAUCUGGAGCACCAGGAGGGAUAGCGAGAGCGGGAGGGUUAUUAGCAGCUGGGAAAUUGCAGAAGGAAGGCUUAAAGGGCAGUAGUAGCAGAGGUGUUGGCGCUGGUGGUGGAAAAGGAAUCAAAUAUGUUACUGUUGAAUGGGCCAUUGAGAGCAUCAAAGCUGGGAAGAAGUUACCUGAAGCACGGUUUGGUGCUUCGACGAAUACUACGAGGAGUACUGGUCUGGUGGGUGCGCCGGUGGGACAGAGGAGUGUUUAUGAUAUGUUCAGAAAAGAGCCGUUAUUAAAUCGCUAG